CGCUGUGUUGUCACCGCUGACGUAGCUGCCAGUAUCGCGCUUCAAACACGUGUUGAGUCGAUCUGAGCGUCGCUGGUUCCGACAGGAGCCUGAACGGAACCAGAACUUCGGUGUUUGGUCCAGCUGAGACCCGGCGGUCCGAGCCUGCUGCUCGGUUCUGUUGGACCGGAUCCACCGGUGGGAAGCUUCUGGCAGAACCAUGAUGAAGUACAUCCUGGUGACGGGCGGCGUCAUCUCCGGCAUCGGCAAAGGGAUCAUCGCCAGCAGCGUGGGAACAAUCCUCAAGUCGUGCGGUCUGCGUGUCACGGCCAUCAAGAUCGACCCGUACAUCAACAUUGACGCCGGGACCUUUUCUCCGUACGAACACGGUGAGGUGUUUGUGCUGGAUGAUGGCGGCGAGGUGGACCUGGACUUGGGCAACUAUGAGCGCUUCCUGGACAUCCGGCUGACCAGAGACAACAACCUGACCACGGGGAAGAUCUACCAGUCAGUCAUCACCAAGGAGAGGAGAGGAGACUACCUGGGGAAGACGGUUCAGGUGGUUCCUCACAUCACUGACGCCAUCCAGGAGUGGGUGGUGAACCAGGCCAAGGUUCCAGUGGAUGGAGAUGAGACCGAGCCCCAAGUCUGCGUCAUCGAGCUGGGAGGAACCGUGGGAGACAUAGAGAGCAUGCCCUUCGUGGAGGCCUUCAGGCAGUUCCAGUUCAAAGUGAAGAGGGAGAACUUCUGUAACAUCCACGUCAGUUUAAUACCGCAGCCCAGCGCCACCGGCGAGCAGAAGACCAAGCCGACCCAGAACAGCGUCAGAGAGCUGAGGGGCCUGGGCCUGUCCCCGGACCUGAUCAUGUGCCGUUGCUCCACCGCUCUGGAGAAUUCAGUGAAGGAGAAGAUCUCCAUGUUCUGCCAUGUAGAACCUGAGCAGGUCAUCUGCGUCCACGACGUGUCGUCCAUCUACAGAGUGCCGCUGCUGCUGGAGGAGCAGGGCGUGGUGGGCUACCUGAGCAGCAGGCUCAACAUGCCCAUCCAGACCAAGCCUAGAACCAUGCUGGCCAAGUGGAAGGAGAUGUCCGACAGGUCGGACCGGCUGCUGGAGCAGUGCUCCAUCGCUCUGGUGGGGAAGUACACCAAGUUCUCCGACUCGUACGCCUCGGUCAUCAAGGCGCUGGAGCACUCGGCUCUGGCCAUCAGCCACAGACUGGAGGUCAAGUACAUCGACUCGGCGUACCUGGAGCCCGGUACCAUGCAGGACGAGCCGGUGAAGUACCAUGAGGCCUGGCAGAAGCUGUGCAGCGCCGAUGGCAUCCUGGUUCCUGGAGGCUUCGGCGUUCGGGGAACCGAGGGGAAGAUCCACGCCAUCAGCUGGGCCAGGAAGCAGAGGAAACCCUUCCUAGGCGUCUGUCUGGGGAUGCAGCUGGCCGUCUGUGAGUACGCCAGGAACGUUCUGGGCUGGUCAGAUGCCAACUCCACCGAGUUUGACCCGGAAUCCAAGCAUCCUGUGGUGAUCGACAUGCCGGAACACAACCCGGGCCAGAUGGGCGGAACCAUGAGGCUGGGGAAGAGGCGGACCAUCUUCACAACCGGCAACAGUGUUCUGAGGAAACUCUAUGGAGAUGCAGAAUACGUGGAGGAGCGGCACCGGCACCGCUUCGAGGUCAACCCGGAGCUAAAGCGUCACUUCGAGGAUCAGGGCUUCCGCUUCGUGGGUCAGGAUGUGGAAGGAGAGCGAAUGGAGAUCAUCGAGCUGGAAGAUCACCCGUAUUUCGUGGGGGUGCAGUACCACCCAGAGUUCACGUCCCGCCCCAUCAAGCCGUCGCCGCCGUACCUGGGCCUGCUGCUGGCGGCUGCAGGGAAGUUGCAGAGCUACCUCCAGAAAGGCUGCCGCCUGUCUCCACGAGACAUGUACAGCGACCGGAGCAGCAGCAGCAGCCCCGACUCAGAGAUCGCCGAGCUGAGGUUCCCUCCGGUUACAGAUUCUGCAUGAAGACCCGGUUCGGCCCGCUGCAGCUUUUAUGAACGUUUGAGUGAUGCUUUGUCAAUAAAUGGUUGAUAGGAUGAA